CAGGUUGGAAGGUUCAACUACAAUAUUGACGAAGGAUAUUUUCUCGAAAUUCUUCAACACAACGGGCAAUAGUGUCGACAUCGUCCUGUGUCGUGUCGCCGCGACAUGUGUGUUCGUCUUUUUUUUUUUUUCUUUUUUGUAUUCCUAUUAAACGGUUCUACCCCUAAUAAGUAAAAAAGCUAAAAAAAAAAAAAUGAUAAGGGUUUAGUCAAACAUCAACAUCAAGACGAGAACAAGAAGAACGACAACGACACGAAACGAAAGUAUCCUUGAAUAAAAAAAAAAAAUAAAUUAAUUUUUAUUUUCUGUGAGUGUGUUAAGUGCAAGGAUGAGUAUCCUCAUCUGUGACAAGAACAGGACUUUCGCACAUUAAAAGUUUCAACAAUUGCACAAAUUCUGUAUGAGUAACACGUUUAGUCGUUUGACGGUUUGACAUAAUCAAAAAAAAUUUGAACUAUAUGUAACGUUACAUAUAAAAUAAGUUGUAACGUAAAAAAAUGUCAUCUAUGAAACGUUUGGCAGUUAUGGCGGCAUUUAGCCAUUUUAACGGUCACGAAAAUCACAAUAAUUCAACAAUGAUGUUGCCUUGGACUUUUACAACAACAACAACAACAACAAAAACACAAACGGAAGUAGCAAUUUCUUCGUUUGCGGCAAAUAGUGCUUACAAUCAAAAUAACAUUAGUAGUAGUCCGCAAAUUGGCGGACUCGGAUUACUUCAUCAGCAAAAUUUAAGAAGUGGAACAAUUAAUGGCGCUGGUAGUGGUAGUAGUUAUGGUGGUGGUGUUGGAGCUUUUGGAGGUUAUUCGGCAGGAAGUUGGAGUGGUGGAGCACCUGUUAUGGGUGGUAGUGGUAGCAGUAGUAGCAGUGGCGGAAGUUCGGAUGGAUCUAAUCAUAUAAAUGGCAACGUUAACGUUUUACUUGGCGGCGCUAUGCUGUCUGUGGUGACAACUGUGUUAUGUGUCGUAUGCUACUGUUGCCAUCGUAACAUAAAAAAACGUACAGAAGCUGCAUACCGGCAAAGGUGGAUGGAAAACGAUACUAAUAUGGAGAUAUACAGUGUGGAACAGUGUUACGAGACAUCUGGCUUAUUCUUAGACUCAUCGGAGGGGUUAGCAGUUCCAACAUUGAGUCAUGAACCACCACCAUCAUACGAUGCCGUAAUGGUAGCCAUGCAAGAGACCAACCACCAACCAAGCAGAAUAUCUCCACCGCCGGAUUAUCGGUCGAUGAAUGAUGUAUCUGGGUCAUCUGGGAAUGUCAUCGAGAAUCCCAAGUUCAUUACGAAUGGUGGCAAUGGCAAUAGUUUGAGAAUUAAGAAAGUUCUUAGUGCUCAAUCGUGCUGUUCCUUGCAACGUGCUGAAGCUGAAAAUUUAUUUCAACUUGGGGUAGUGGCUGCUGCAGCAGCAGCAGCUACUUCGGGACGUUUUGGUGCAAGUGCCUUAGGGAGGAAAUCCCUGCCAUAUGCUGCCCAUAAUCUUGCAGAAGGCAGAUUUGUCAAUCAUCAACAUCCUUACUACCAGGGAUGUCCGUUGUGUGGGAAGUUUCGUUACGAUGAUUCCAUGUCAUUGUCUAGUGAUAGUGGCCUGGAUCAGGUGGUUGUGACGACAGUGGAUGUCAAUAAUGGAAAUACACCUCCACAGGUGGGAGGUGGUGGUGGUGAUACUGACACAUGCUAUUGCACUCCAAUGCAAAGUCCUACAAUAGUUGAAGAUAGUAACAAUAAUAGUGGCACAAUAGCAUAUGAAAUUAUAGAUGAUCGUAGGAGGAUCUCAUCAACAGAACAAUUGAUGAUUUCAUCGUCGUCGCAUGCGAAAUAUGAAAAUACAAUUAACAACAAUGAUAGUUUAGUAGACGGUACGCCCACUACCGGUGGCGGCGGUGGCGGUGAUGGCGCUGUCACAAGCACAACUUUAUCACCAUCAUUAUCUUCAGAACCAACUUCAUCUCAACAAGUCGCAACGACAACGAUAACGGCUGUUGAAACAGCAGCAUCUACAAGCGACAAUAAUCGUGACAUCGCAAAUAAUAUAACCGAUGAUGUAAUGCUGGAUUUGGACUCUAUCAACGAUAACGGUAUUAUUCGUUUAGAUAUGAGCAAAAUAAUUGACAAAACUGGAUUACCUACUUAUGAAGCGGCCUUAAAGUUAGAGUCUAGUGGUUAUGUUUAAAAAAAAAAAAAAAACUCUUUGAAUUAAGAAUAUACCUAGUCUUUUAGUGUUUGUUUGUUUCUGUUUUUUCAAAAUUUGUUU